AACUGUUACAAAAGAUGAUAAAGAACCGGAUCCUCCGACCCAAGUGUUCCGCGAUCUUCGAGAGAGGAAUCGAGGUGAUCGGUUCCCUAUGAUUUCGCCUUCAAUUUUCCUUUAAACAAAGUGGAGCUAGGUUUAGGUUUGGGGGUUCUGAAGAUAGGCAACAUGGCGGAAGAGAACCCAAAGGAUGUGAAAGAGGAGGUGCCGGAGUUGGCGCCCUUCGAUUCAACCAAGAAGAAGAAGAAAAAGAAGGUUGUGAUUCAAGAUCCUGCUGAGGAGGUGGAUAAACUAACUGAGAAGACAGAAAGUUUAACAGUUGACGACAUAAGUGAGCCUAGUUUUGUUGGCCUGAAGAAGAAGAAGAAGAAACCAGUGGAAACUGACUUUUUGAAUGACGAGAAUGGAGAUGCUGGAGAAGAUCUUAAUGGCGAUCAGAUUGGAGGGGAUGAGGAAGGAGAGGGCAUUGUAUUAGGAGUUGUUCGAUACCCGUGGGAAGGAACUGAUCGUGACUAUAAGUAUGAUGAGCUGCUGGGUAGGGUGUUUAAUAUAUUACGCGAGAAUAAUCCAGAUCUUGCUGGAGAUAGGCGUCGGACGGUCAUAAGGCCUCCACAAGUUCUCAGAGAAGGAACUAAGAAGACAGUUUUUGUUAAUUUUAUGGAUCUCUGCAAAACGAUGCAUAGGCAACAUGAGCAUGUAAUGAAUUUCUUGCUUGCUGAAAUGGGAACAAGUGGAUCCCUUGAUGGGCAGCAGAGACUGGUGGUUAAGGGGAGGUUUGCUCCAAAAAAUUUUGAGGGUAUCCUAAGAAGAUACAUCAAUGAAUAUGUUAUAUGUAAUGGUUGCAAAAGUCCAGAUACAAUCCUUUCCAAGGAAAACCGAUUGUUCUUUCUUCGAUGUGAGCAGUGUGGUUCUUCGCGCUCAGUUGCGCCUAUCAAAGCUGGUUUUGUUGCUCGUGUCGGCCGCCGUAAGGCCGGCACAUGAUCUGUACACCCUCCUUGUCAUCUCUGCUGCCACUCUUGAACCACCAUUUGAAGCGAGAACAUGCUUUGCCGUGUGGCGUUUACCCUUUGCUAUUGUUUUCUGCACCCUUUAAGUUUAAACGUGUACUCAUUUUGGCCAGCUUUUUCGUUGGUACUGUUGUGGUAAGUGAAUCAUGUCCUGGUCGUACGCGGUGUAUGAUCACAAAGAGUCUUCUGUUUGGAAUGAUGUUCCUCCAGGUCAAUGUUUGUAAUUUCGGAUACCGAUUGCAGUGUAUCGGUAUGAUGCUAAGUGCUGAGUUUUGAAAAAAAAAAAUAUCCAAAGGAGAACUACCCUUUUGUAUUUA